UUACAAAAGCAUCAAGCUUAGUAUCAUGUUUUUGGGUUCUUCUCUUUGUUCCUCCAACGCAGCGGCGCAGGAAAUGUCAGCUUCCACGACCAGCAUUCACAUUAUGGCCUUAGAUGGCAUCGUGAACGUGAAUUCCCUCUUCACCUUAGCGCUUUUCGUUGGCCUCACAAUCACCAGCCCUGACACUGCUCUUGUUGGUGGUAGUGGCGGCGUAGACACCGCCUGCGCUGCCGGGCCCUCGGUGGCAGAAGGCCUCAUAUCAAGCCACGUGCACUCCUUCAGCUGCUUCCUCUUCUCCAGCCUCAUAGCGUUGGCCCUCAAAAACAUCAUCAACAUAAGAAAAACCGUUGAAGAUGGGGAUAACAUUGAUGCUCUUGGUGGUGGUAGUAAUAGCAAGGUGGCGCACUUUGCAGCUAGCUUCAUCGGGGAGGUUAACGCGGUGUCAUUGAGGGUGGGGACACUUGUUUCGGCUUUCGGGUCGGUAUUCGGGUGCGGGUUCUUGGUGAUGGCUCUGGUGGAUUUGGUGCAGAUCAAGUUGGGGACUUUUGGUUGUGGAAGUAGCCGUUACAGUAUUGCUGCUGUGGCACCUUUGCUUGUUCUUGUUCCCACUGCGCUUCUCAUCUAUGUUUCUCUCGUGCUCUAUGCCUUCACUCGUUAGUUAAGCUUAUUAUUUAUUGAAGGAACAUUGUUUUGAAUUUUGAAUAAUAAAGUUAUGAGUCAAACAAAGGCUGAAAGAAGAGACCUGGUAAUGGUAUAGCACUCAAAUUUAAUAAACUAUGGUUUUGUUUUUUUAA